GGAUGUGGAGCCAUCGUCACCUCGUGGGUGCACGCGUCGUUUAAUCUCCUCCGCGAUUUCUGUGACGCGGAGAAGAAGCGCUCGACGGGACUCGCGUGGGUGGUGUUCUCGAGCGGCGGCUUGCCCAGUCGUACGAAAACGGUUUGACGCGAACGCUACAGCUGGACUGCAUCGAGAACUCCGGGCCACACAGCUGACGGUUUUUUUUCUUACCAAGAGGAUCAACGUGCUAUUGAGGAUUGCCACAACGCGAAGGAACAUGUGGAGUCUCUCGGUCAUCAGUCUUUGCUGCGUCUUCGUCGCUGCCACCGCUCAAAGCAGCCUCUACCCAUCCUUGGAAGGAGUAACCGAGGCGACCCCGGCGCCGGGCCUUUACACCGCAGUGGUCAACUACUUGUUCGAUCAAGUGCUCAAGACCGUGAGCCAGUCAGGUGCAAUCGACCCACUCACGGUGCCCAACACGACGCGGCGCUUUGAGACCAAGUUCAUCGUCAAGGUGCAGGCAGAGGCAGGGCUGUACUCUGGACGCCUCACUGGCCUGUCUACCAUGCACAGGACCGGCGACUGUCACGUGAAAGUGGGAAUGGGCGGCGUCGAAAUGCUCGUGAACCUCGGCGCCGGGCCUGUGCGAGCCACCUACCGGGGAGAAGUGAGGCUCAUGGCGUUCAGCCAGGACGUCACCAUCGAUUGCGACGUCAACAACAUGCAGAUCAUCGUCGAAGCCGUGCAGGCACCCAACGCCAAGCCCGAGCUGAGAAAGUUCUCGGUGCAGAAGCUGCAAGGCGUACGCGUGGCGAUCGACGGCCUCGGGGCCUUGGGCGGCGUGGCCAACACGCUCUCCGUCGUGCUCACCACGGUCUUCGAGGAGGAAAUCCGGCGCGCCGUGGAAGAGAGCGUGCGGACCCUCUUCUCCGAGAAGCUGGCCGAACUGGGAGGCACCAUACCCGCUACGCUUGUCGCACUGGGAUAGCCCGGCCACUCAAUCAUCAGCAAAGCUGAAGCUGAACACUCUCGCAACGUUCUGAACGCUUGUGUGAAAAUCUGAAACCUCGCGCUGCACGUAAAACGGUGAUACUCCUGCAUAAAAAGUAACAUUUGUCGAAGUAAUGAAUGUGAACGUGUUUAAGCGUUUCCGCGAAUUUCACCAGACGAUGCUGUCAGCGUUUGCCAAGCAUUCACCCGAGAGACGCAAAAGCAGAUAUGCCUUAAUUAACUGUGUUGCCAUAAAAACAGAUGUACAACGUUAGCCAACAGUACAAAAAAUGACCGAGCUUGACCAAAAGUUGCGAAGGGUACACAAUAAUUAUAUUAAGUGAAUAAAAUAAUAGGCUUCAUUCAAACAUUCGCAUUCAUUAAAAAAAUAUUCAAUGUUUAUUGUACAUUUCGCCAUAUUGUUUUUUUACAGAGCAUAUGUGUCAUCCUUCACGUCUCUGCAAAUGUUCUACAAACAUAAUCAUCGAAAACGCAUUGUAUGCUGACUUCAGAGCUUCUUUUUAAACGUCAGUUCACACCCAAUAGAACUUUGUGAAUAUCAAGAAACGUUUUGUUGUCGCCGGGGUAUGACAAUCGUGAAAGCAUGAAUAUCUUUCAUGAUCCAUUAAAAUGCAUGCUUCCGUUCAGUU